GGACACUCCUCUGUCUGAAAGACUUAGAGAAGAAGCCAUCCACCUUUUUGAGGAAUACACACGCCUCAACCAAAUUACCUUCCAUAGAAGCCUAACACCAGUCAAAAGGAUUGGAGAACCCUGGGGAAUAACAUUCUCAGAUGGGAGCGACCAGAGCUAUGGAGCUGUUGCAUACUUCAGGUGGGAGACUGAGCAAGGCAUCCUGGUCCGGCUUGUUGAGUCCAAAGCCAAGCUCACACCACUUGACCAAAAGGGAAGAUGCACUCAGGGAUCUCUUCCUUGCAGCUCAAAAGGAGGUAACCUUGCCAGACACCACACUCAGCAGACUUGCUGUGGUCAAAGAGGAAAGCACUGGACUUUUGCUCUGUGGAGGAAGAUUCCAAAUCUUUAAUGAAGAAAAAACUGCAGUACCAAUCUUGCCCUGCACAUCCUGGGUAUCCACUCUUCUAGCUCAAGAAGCCCACAAGGCAAAUCAUGAAGAAAUUGCAGGCACGCUCCUCCGGAUGAGAAGGAAAGCAUGGGUGGUAAGAGGCCGGAAAUUAGCUCAGAAGAUCGUUGAUAAUUGUGUGACAUGCAGGAGACUUAGGGCCCGAAGGUGCCAACAGAUUAUGAGUGACCUCCCAUCGGAACGAAUAACACCAGCCAAUCCAUUUGAGUACACGACAGUGGACUUAUUUGGACCUUACGAAGUGAAGGAUGAGGUGAGAAAGAAGGUGAAACUCAAAGUGUGGGGAAUUGUCUUCUGUUGCAUGGCGUCUAGAGCUAUGCACACAGACCUUGUCAGUGACCAGUCAGCUGAAGGCUUCCUGUUAGCCUACCAAAGAUUUACAGCACUGAGAGGACAUCCGAGGAAAUUUCUCGGAAGUGCUCUUGGGACUAUAUUUACCGGCGCACCCACAGGGAGUGCAUAG